AUGCCAAACAAGGCUAGGAAGGUCAAGGAGGCGGCUGCUGCCAAGAUCAAGAAGCAAGCCGAGGAUGAGUUAACUCCUCUAACACACGACAACAUCGAUGCUAUCAAGCUAAUGCCGUGGAAGACUGGUAGCAAGCUGACUACGAGUGGCAAGUUGGGAGACGUCCAUGCGCAGUGGAAUGUCUUAGCAAACACUUUCACUCAGACCAUCGAGGUGCAACACAAUGAACCCUUUGCAUUGAAGCCAUUCGUCGUGUCCGAGGGUAGAUACAAAGGUCAAAGGGUGCUUGUCUUGUCGCCCGUGCAGAACACAGAGUACUUUCCUUUCCUGGACUUACCACCAGAGCUACGUGCGAUGAUCUACGAUCUAUUGCUGGGAGGUGACAGUACAAUCUCGAUCGUGUCGCACAAACCACCUCACAAGCCGCGCCGCCCGGUCACCCAAGGCUUCACGAAUGCCAAGCAGCACCGCCGUGACAAGCUCAAGUGGGACGCCGCUGAAGGGAAAUGGAUUGGUCAAAAGCCAAGUGACCUCUCCAUCUUGCGCACCAACAAGCACAUACGCGAUGAAGCAGCAGCGGCAAUCUACGGACGUCACUUUGAUCUCAAUGACAGCACCGAUGCAGAUCUUUUUGUGGAGGCUAUAGGCAGAUUCAAGAACUACCUGAAGCACAUCUCGAUCAGCUCAGGCUGGAGGAUUUAUGGUACGAGGGUACGUGCAACGUUCAAGCACCUCAUCGAGUCGGACAACCUCAGGAGUAUUACGAUACCGCACGGCGUUAUCUGCGCGGAGCAUCAGGAGUUUCGGACAAAGGCGCACAAUCCAAGCCCAGAAUUCGCUCAAGCCUGCGCACCAUAUGUCAAGAAGAUGCACAAAGUACGCACAGCGUCCGGAGCUGCAGUGCAAGCUCUAGACCUCAUUCAGCUUACUUCUGUUCGCAAGUGCGCGGACUGUCAGCGCGACGAAGUUGACGGUUGCCAAGGGUUGUAUUGUACAAGGGACAACACGUGGAAGGUAACGAUGAAGUGCAACCAAAGCGAAGCGCACGACGAAGAUAUUAGAAUUAGGGCGACAGCCGCAGCCAAGAUACCGACGCGCCCACAAGACGAAGAAGCAACAGAGUGUGGGGGUCUCGCCGCACCCUCGGCGGACGUCGUCAAGUUCGAAGCAUGGCACACGAGCAGCAAGCUUCCUUCAGGGGGCACGUUGAGUGAAACAGAAUCCCAGUGGAACGUGUCAGCUCGUGGAUUCACGCAGACUCUGGAAGUCAACCACAGUGAGGCCUUCACUCUCAAGCCGCUCCUGAUCAGUGAGGGAAAACUCAAAGGCCAACAUGUCCUGUUGCUCGCCCCGGUCAAGGUCGCUCAACACUUUCCGUUUAUGGAGCUACCACCUGAGCUUCGUAAGAUGGUCUAUGACCUGCUUCUCGAUGGCUCGAGCACGAUACACAUCACCACGCACAAACCCGCACACGAGCGCAAACGUGCGGUGAUGGCAAGUUUUCGCGACAAAGCGAGGCACAAGGACAUGAAGUGGGACAGCACCAAUGGGAAGUGGGUCGGUCAAAUGCCAAGCGAGUUGUCGAUCAUGGGUGUGAACAAGCAGUUACACGGCGAGGUUGCAUCUGCUAUCUACGGCGACCGCACCUUCCGUCUCAAUUUUUAUGCUGACGCACACAUCUUCCUCGAGACCGUGAACCGUAUGCGGGCUUACCUUCAACGCAUCAUUCUCGCCACAUGCGGAUCUACGGCGAGGUGCAAAUUGCUUCCAGUACUCGAGCAUCUCCUUCACACAGCGUCGCUAAGAAGCUUGCGCAUAGACCACGAGGCCUUCUGCAGCUAUCUUUGGAAUUGGAACUCCAGGAAUGGCUCUUUCAGCAAUGUUCAAGGCAUGGUCGAAAGCUGUGCACCAGUUCUGAAACGUUUAGCAGAUCUUCGCAACAAUGACCGGCUGGCUAUGAAAGCGCACAAGCUCAUCCAAGUGGGUCCAACUGAAAUCUGCCGCUUUUGCCGAGAUGGAUCGGAGGAUUGCAGAGGCUUGAGUUGUCAUCCUGAUCACAGGGAGAACCGAAUCAAGUGCGCUCACAAGGAGAAGCACGAAGACGACGUCGAGGCAGCGUUUGGGAUGGCUUUGAGGGCUGCCCUGAACGUCGAAGAAUGA